UAAACUGAAUGAAUUAGAUGCUCCAAUGCAUCAAUAUCUUCAAAUAGAUGCAAUUCUUCAGUCUUUGCCAGAUUCGUAUGGGGGUUUUAUUUCAAACUUCUAUAUGAACAAGAUUGAGUGUACCCCGGCGGAACUUAUGAAUAUGCUAAUAACGGCCCAGGGUACCAUGAAAACAGGCACUGUGAUGGCUGUGUCCUCUACUAGUAAGACUAGAAAGGGGAAAGGUAAAAAGAAGGCCACCCAAGCAACUAAAGUGAUUGAAAAGAAGAAGGGAAAAACUGUUGCCAAAGGAAAAUGUUUCCAUUGUGGCAAAGAGGGACAUUGGAAAAGGAACUGUAAAGAUUACCUUAGUUCCUUGAAGAAGGAAGCGACAGGAUCUGGAACAAAGUAGAAGGCUUGCAGAUAAUGAGAUUGUGCUAAAGGUAGCAAAUGGGGCAAGAGUUGCAGCCACAGCUAUCGGCACUGUAUCUUUAAUUUUAUCACAUGAACAUAGUUUAAUUUUAAACAAUUGUUUAUGUGUACCUGGAGCUUUUAAGAACAUUAUUUCUAUUCCUGUAUUGGUGAAAGAAAAUUAUGAAUUUUCUUUUAAGAAUAAUGUUUGUGAAAUUUAUUUUAGAAAUAAAUUGAUUGCUACUGGUAAUUUUGUCAA